UUUCACUAUUUUUUCUCCCAAAAAAAAAAAAUUAGAUUUUUUUCAAUGAAAAAUUCACUCUUCAUCGUUCCUGAUCUCCAUCGGAUCUCGAGCUCCUUGCAAUUCCUCCGGCCAUGGCCGCCGGCGUGCUUGAGUCUCUCGCCUUUCCAAGCUCUCGUCCCUUGUCUCGAAGCUCUUUUGCAACUAUGGAAACCAUGGGACCUUUCUUUUCCACUCUUGCUUCCCGGAAACCUGGUUUUCUCUCCGGAUUCAAGGGCUUGGCGAUCACCAACCAUGGAUCAAGGAGAUCAUUGAUGAGGGCGCGGAAUCGCCGGUCUUCUGGCUGUGGAGCGAUCGUAUGUGAACGCCCGGCGAGUACUACGGAAGUCCCCGACGUGACCAAAGCAACAUGGCAGCCCCUUGUUCUGGACAGUGACACUCCGGUUCUGGUCGUGUUUUGGGCUACGUGGUGCGGACCGUGUCGAAUGAUCCAUCCUGUUAUUAGCAAGAUCUCGAAAGACUACGAAGGUAAGCUGAAAUGCUUCAAACUCAACACUGAUGAGAACCCGGACAUUACAACCCAGUAUGGAAUUCGAAGCAUUCCUACGAUGAUUCUUUUCAAGAAUGGAGAGAAGAAGGAUACAGUUAUUGGGGCUGUGCAGGAAAGCACUCUAGUUACAUGCAUUGGGAGAUUCUUGUAAAUUGAACUGGUUCUCUCUUGUAUGUGCUUUAUUAUUGUUGAUGUGUUUUGGAUUGACUACUAGUGUGUCUGUGAAGUGUUGACUGGUUUUUCUUCUUCUUGUGAUAUUCCCUUAAGUGUUUUGAAUU